CUUUCCGAACGUGUGUGAAAAAGAUCCGUUUGGUUUUUGCUCAAGUAGCGAUUGAUUACUUGUUCUGAUUGCUUCGGCCUGUCCGCCAUAACUCUCCAUGGUCUUCGUCUAGGUCUGCUCGGCGCUUUGAAUGAGUACAACGUCGUCCUAAAGUUUUUCCGCUGAACAUAAAGAUCUAGCAAUUUGUAUCAAAAUGGAGUACGAAGUGUACCUUGCGUGCAACGUGCUGGGCCUCGUCGCCAUCGUGCUCACGUUCUUUUACCACUACGUGGCGGCCAAACCGCCCAGCGAACUCGCAGACGCGAAGCGGCGCCGGUGAGGGACGGGAGUCGUGCGGCUGGGUUUUCGGCGCCGAGGUUUGUUCACCAAACAAAGAAAUGGGAUCGAAGCACGUCGGUACAUGGAGUGUUGAUUUUCAGUUUUCGUGUAUUGAGCAUGAUCAUGGGCUACUUCAUCUCUUUCGAAAAUACGAGCAAAGUCGGAACUUGAGCGUCCAUACAAAAAAAUGCACCAGUCGCAAUGCGCUAUAGGUUUUCCUCCGACCGGCCGGCGAUGCUUCUGCGGCUCUGUUUCUGCAGCGAUGCGACUGCUACGAAAACGCGCGGAUUCUCUUCUGCGGAUCAGUGGGCGAGUUGGUCUACGAACUUGCAUAAAUGCUGAAGUCUCGCCCUUGAGAAUACGGAGUAAAUGAAGACGAGAGGUGAACCCGUUGUCGAUGCUCGUCUUAACGAGACCCAGCAUCAGUCGUGAUUCAGCGACGCCCGAUCGGAACAAAAAAUGAAACAGUGACAUCUAGUAAUACACGCUCAUCAAGUAGCGAAAU